AUGCCUCUUAAGCUACCGUUCUUCUUGGCAGCAAAGGAUCGAAAGCAGGACUGGAGCUACAAUAUUGCCGCCCCAGCCGUCAAUCCCAGCCCAGUUCUGGGGCCAUUGAGGAAGCGCGAGUACCAGACGCGCCAGCAGCAGAUCCGACAAGGCACACCAAGACGGAUCGGCUGCCCUACUCGAUCCCAGGGCGAGUUCCCUAUCUAUGAGCACCGUAACAUCAGCCCCAUCAGCCCAGAGAGUGGUAGUGUUUCCAGGCCAGCUUCAAGGACGAGUUCGCGACCCAAGGGGUCGGGGCCAGCAUCACGAGCUACCUCACAGUCCAAUACUCCGACUCACCCCCUUUCAUCCUCCUCCCCAACGUCUUCUACGACUUCGUCAUUUUCCUUCCCAUCCCCAAAGGCGAACAACAGCCCCGAGAUCGGAUCCCCAGAUUCGGAUAUGGAUUGGACAGCUACCCCCACGUCCUCGUCAGGGCGGGGAUCAACAGCCUCAUCGAUAUCUUCCUUCUCCCUCUCCUCAGGAUCGUACAGUAAGGGCUUCAUGAUGAUGAGCCAUGCUAUGGGCUAUGGCGGCUCUUUUAUCCCUAAUGCUUCCACCUUGCCCUCAUUGAUCAACUCUCACCUCUCAGUGGCUCAGAUCGGCGGUGCAGGUCGGCGCAUGUCCACUCCAUCGAUUUCAACCUCAAAGUCACAUCGGGAUUCUACUGAGGUUGCAUCGACCCCACCGUCGUCCUCUGUAUCGUCUUGCCGAAACUCAAUGUCUCCACGUCCAACAUCGGCCCUCUUCACCCCACGCACCUGGGUUGCAUCGACGCCCUCCUCGUCUUCUUCGAGUAUAAUCAUUGCAGAUGAGCAAAAUGGAUACUACAACGUCGAGCAAUCUUCGCCCGUUUCACCUGAAUUGUUUGGACACGUCCAGACAAAUAAGCUGACAGAGUAUGUUAGCUCAAAGGUUCCAACAAUUAUCUCCGAGCGCGAGUAUGGUGUCGAGGGCUAUGACAAGGUCUUCGCAGUCACAUGGCUUAACUCCGAGGAGGUGCUCAUGGGAACAAAGUGUAACAAGCUCGUUGUUUUGAACACACGAUCAAACAAACGCGUGCAUCUGGGACGGACGGAAGAGUGCCUGGAGGAGAACUCGACCAGCGUACUAUCACGACUAAGUGGUAUGGCGGCAGAGCAAGAUGGAGGCGUGUUCUCUGGAUCUCUUGGCAAGCGGCCUGUCAAAACUGGCGGACCACGGAGGUCAAACGGCACUGGUGGUAUUGCCAGAAGUUUGGAGAGGGGAUUGCGGUUCCUGAAUAGCGGCAGACGAUCAUCGACGCCGUCGUUCACCACUAUCACCUCCAACCAGCGAGGCGCGAACCGCUUGGUGACUGUGUUCCCACCUUCGCCCAAUCUCAAUGCGACCACCAGCUCCACCAUGUCCGCAGCAGCUGUUCCUACCACCAAUCAAGCGACUGCUGUCAACCCCACCACUACCAAUGGUACUACCACUGCCAAUACAAACACCAACACUGAUCCGUUCCAUUCGGGCUCGAUGCACGGUAUUGCUUCUGCAUCGACUUCAGCUGGUGUCCGAUCCCUGUCAAUCAACCCUUCAAGGACUCUGUUGGCGAUCGGCGCUGGAGACCCUUUUCAGGUGACCAUUUACUCAAUCCCAGAGUACGAGCCUGUGGGAAUCAUGUAUGGACAUGCCGACCUGGUCUUUUCAUUGACCUGGGUCACGGACACGGUCUUGGUCAGUGGAUCGAGAGACGGAUCUAUGCGCGUUUGGUCAAUGGAAUCGUCCGUCAUGGCGACCCUGGCUUCAGUUACUGUUCCUAUUGACGUCAGAUUCCCUCAAUUGAUGACUUUGACAACAGAAGGAUAUGUCAAGCUCUGGGAUCGUGAGAGCUACAUCCAGAUCUCCAAGCUCAAGCUAAUCCGCUCAACAGAAACGGUCUGCCUGACCUCAAACGCAGAUGCCAACCUGUUCGCCGUUGGGUCCCAGUCCCACAUCACAGUCAUCGACCCCCGCACCUCAGGUCUUGUCCACGAGACCGAGUCCUGCGAUGAAGGCUGGGGGGUCCGCGCCUUGGAUUUCAAGAGCCACAUCAUCACCACGGGUGGCGGUUUUGGUCGUCUCGGAUACUACGACCUCCGAGCACAGCGAUAUCUUGAUGGCUUUGACAAUAGUCAGAGCAAUCGUCGCUACCAGGAUAUUGGAACUGGUUGGCUGAAUCGCGAUACGACCUAUGCGGGAAGCAUUUCGGGCAUCACGAUCCGAAACGCUGUCUACACUAUGCAAUACGACUCGACAGGAACGCGUCUGUUUGCCGCAGGAGGUCCUCUUCAACUAGGACUCUGUGGUUCUUACGCCGGUCUGUGGAGUUAA